AUGUUCUCAAAAAGUCGUAAGCAGCAGCAGCAGCAUACAACAUCAAAUAGUACACGUUCAUCAUUAAAACAUACAACUAAUAAUGAUUCAUCAAUUACUUUAACAAAAGAUCGUUCAUCAAUAAUAACAAUUCCUCUUCCAUCACCAACUAAUUCAAAUUUUCUUUUUCCAUCUACCACAACUACUACAUCUACACAAGUUUCAAGUCAAAAAUCAACAAUGUCAAAUAAUGGAAAUGUUAGUGUACGUCGUCGUUUUCUUAAUCUUCUUCGUUUUACAGCUAGUCGUCCAUCAGCAUCCGUUCGUUUCUCUCGUCAGCAUAAUACAUCUAUAAAAAAUAAUUCUUGUCAAUCUUUAAAACAACAAACUUAUUCAUUAACACCAACAUCACCCAUUCAUGAUAAUAAUUCAAUAACAUCUUCAUCAGCUAUAAUAAAAGAUGAUUUAUUUGAAUCUGUUGUUGCAUCAGCAAAUGAACAUGUUAUUAAUAUCGUACUAUCAACAACAAAUCAUACAACAACAUCAUCAAAUAAUUCACUUGAAACAUGUUUAUUAUGUUAUCAUGAUUAUUCAUCGGAUCAAUUUGAACAGUUAACACUAUGUUCACAUUCAUAUUGUCGAACAUGUUUAAAAAGUUAUUUAAAAUUAGAAAUAACCGAAGGACGUAUUACACUUAAUUGUCCACAAAAUGAUUGUCCGGAACGUAUACAUCCAAGUGAUAUAUCACGAAUAUUACAAAAUCAUCCAGAUCUUAUAUCAAAAUAUGAACAAUUUAUGGUUCGACGUGUUUUACAAUCUAUAGCUGAUACACGUUGGUGUCCAGCACCGGAUUGUGGAUUUGCUGUUAUAGCUUCAGGUUAUGCAUCAUGUCCAGAAAUUCAAUGUUUAAGACCAGGGUGUAAUACAUCAUUUUGUUAUCAUUGUAAAGCAACAUGGCAUCCAAAUAAAACAUGUGAAGAUGCAGCACGUGAAAAAACAUCAUCAUCGAAACUUCGUUCAGGAUCAUUUAUUAGUCUUGCUUCUGCUCAACAAAAAGAUGAAAUCAAAACAUGUCCAAGAUGUGAAGCAUCAAUAUUGAAAAUGGAUGAUGGUUCUUGUAAUCAUAUGACUUGUCCUAUAUGUGAAGCUGAAUUUUGUUGGUUAUGUGGACGUGAAAUCUCGGAUCUACAUUAUCUUAGUCCAUCUGGUUGUACAUUUUGGGGUAAAAAACAAUGGAGUAGAAAGAAAGUUAUUCUUUGGCAAGUUGCAACAUUAAUUGGUGCACCAGUUAUAAUUGCAUUAAUAGCUGGUGUUGCUAUACCUGGUGUUGUUAUUGGUGUACCUAUAUGGGCUGGAAGAAGAAUAUUUAAAAAAUAUAAUAAACCUGACAAUAGUAAAACAAAACGAAAUAUUCUUGUAACAUUAGGUGUUUUUGGAAGUAUAAUUGCAUCACCAAUAAUAGCUGCACUUGCUGUUGGUAUUGGAGUUCCUAUUCUUCUUGCUUAUGUUUAUGGAGUUAUUCCAAUAUCUUUAUGUCGUACAGGUGGUUGUGGUGUUGGAACACGUAAUGAUAUGUUAAAUGGUGAUAGUCCUAAUAUAGAUAAUUUUCUACCAUUUUCUCUACGUGAAGUUGCUAUUGCAAGAGCGAUACUUAAUGAUACACAAAGUGUAAUGACACAUCCAACAAUUGGUGGUGAUUCAAAUAGUUUAUCAAAUAGUGUUGUUCAACUUGUUGAUGAUCGUAGUAAUGAAAGUACAAAAGCAUUACCUGGUACAGGUGCUGUAUCAUUAUGUGAAAGUUUAGCACCAUCAAAUCGUCUUGAAGUUCAAGCUGAAAUAAGUGAUUGUAAAAGUUUUGAUAUUGAAAGUAUUACAAUCAGUGAAAAAUCUUCAAAAACAAUGGAUAGUCUUAAAGCAUUAGCUGGCUCAAUAAAAGAUGCAUGUGCUGUACCAAGUAUUGGAUAUAAUGAUAAUAUAUGUGGUAGUAAUGGUGAUUCUAUUGGACGUAAAUCAAGUCUUUUAAGUAGUGCGUCGGAUUAUGCACGAUCAAUAAGUGUCGAUCAACAUGUUAAUCGUGCUGGUUCACCUUAUAGUGAUAAGACAGUUUCAUUUUUUGAUGAACGUGUUAAAAUCGAUGUUUUUCUAUUUCCGGUAAUCCUAAGCGAUGCUAAACAAAAUAUGGCACCACAUGAAUUUGCUGAAAUUCGACUUGUAUGUAAAGCUGAUUAUCUUGAUCCACAAUUAAAAAUAAAAUUACAUGAAAUUAAAGAUAAAUUAAGACAAAUACUUCACACUGGUCGAAGAAGAUUUGCAUUAAAAAAAGUGCAGCCGUGGAAUAGUGUUAAAGUUACUUUUGAUAUUCCGAAAGAGGCAGCUGAUCGUUUACAUUUACUUGCUAUUCAAGGAAAUGUACGCCUCAUCGAACUCGGAAUACUUAGUGUGGAAAUUGUUGGACAAUCAAAUGCUAUUGUAGUUAAUAGCAAUAAUAAUAAUAAUAAUAAUGAUAAUAAUAAUGUAACAACGACGACGACAACAACUAAUCCAACAACAACGAACAGUAAAGAUUUAUCUGUACCAUCAUCAACAAUAAAAACUCCAAUUGAUUGUCUUGAAUCAACUGUUCCUCCACCUACAACACAUAAUUUUCCAUUUGAUAAUAAAAGUGAUGAUCAUCGACAUAAACGAGUCAAAUUAGAAAAUGAUAAUGAUCAACAACAACAACAACAACAACAGAAUUAUAAUUUUCCAUAUAAAUCACCAACUACUGUUAAUCUCAUGCAACCACCACCACCAUCGACAAUUGGACAUCCUGUUGGUCAUUAUAUGCCUCAACAAACUUCACAGAUUAUACAUCGACAAUCAACACCAUCACAUACAUUAACGAAUAACUAUGGACGAAUACCACAUCCAAACAGUAUUUCAUCAACACAUCCCACUUAUUUAAACAGUGGUAAACCUCCCCCUCCUCCUGCUCCUCCUCCACCUUCAUCAAAUUUAUAUCAAUCUUCAUCAACAAUUGAUAAUAAUAAUCCAACAUUAUCAAAUGGUAUUGGAAAUGAUAUGCAUAAUUAUCAUCGUCAUGAUUCAUGGUCAUCAUACGGUGAUCAUUCAAAUAAUUAUAAAAUGAAAGUUAAUGGAGUACGAUCAAAUCAUUAUUAUCCUCAACAACAACAACAACAAUUAAAUUUAUCUGAUGGUCCAUCAUCAUCGAAUAUGUAUUGUACACAACAACAAACACAAUAUGAUAUGAGAAGAUGUGAAACAAAUAUUCCUCAAAUGACAACAUCAACAACAAAUAUACAGAAUUCAUAUGAUGGUUCAUCAACUGGUUUAUCAUCUUGA